AGCAAGCGAGGGAGGCACAAGGGCCUCUGAAUUUGGAACACUCUUCAGACACAAUGGCGAAUACCGACACUCAACGUAACCACCCUCGCCAACAGCGUCGUUCCAAACCUCGAUCAGCGGCUCGACCGGCGGUGAAGCCAAGGGUUCCGCUCAGGUUGUUGCUGCGGAUUGCGUCGGUAGCCGGUGGCAUUCAGUUUGGGUGGGCCUUGCAGCUUUCUCUUCUCACGCCGUACGUGCAGCAGCUCGGGAUCCCGCACGUGUGGGCCAGUAUUAUAUGGCUCUGUGGGCCCCUCUCUGGCCUCCUCGUUCAGCCUCUCGUCGGCCACAUGAGCGAUCGCUGCACCAGCAAGUUCGGUCGCCGGAGACCGUUUAUUUUGGGCGGAGCAUUGUCGAUUGUCGUCGCCGUUCUCAUCAUUGGUCAUGCCGCCGACGUUGGCUGGUGGCUUGGCGAUACUACCAACCAUCGCCCCUGGGCUGUCGUCGUUUUCGUUUUCGGCUUCUGGAUUUUGGAUGUGGCUAACAACGUCACUCAGGGUCCUUGUAGAGCUUUGCUUGGCGAUCUCACUGGCAAGGAUCAUCGAAGAACACGCGUGGCAAAUGCUUAUUACUCCCUGUUUAUGGCUGUUGGUAACAUUCUUGGAUAUGCAGCUGGAUCAUACAGUGGUUGGUACAAGGUCUUUGCUUUUACAGUUACCCCUGCAUGCAAUAUUAGUUGUGCAAAUCUCAAGUCUGCUUUCUUCCUUGACAUUGUUUUCAUUGCCAUCACCACCUAUAUCAGCAUCACAGCAGCUCAUGAAGUGCCUUUAAGUUCAAGUGUGGCACAAGAUUCUGAAGCAACAGAGGAGUCAGGAACUGCCGGAGAAGCUUUCCUGUGGGAGCUAUUUGGGACAUUCAGAUAUUUUUCAACUCCUAUAUGGACAAUACUGUCUGUUACUGCUCUAACAUGGAUUGCAUGGUUUCCAUUUCUUCUAUUUGAUACUGAUUGGAUGGGCCGAGAGAUUUAUGGUGGUGAGCCAAAUGAAGGCACUAAUUAUGAUGAUGGAGUUAGAAUGGGGGCAAUUGGUUUAUUGCUUAAUUCAGUUGUUCUUGGAAUAACGUCAGUACUCAUGGAGAGGCUAUGCAGGAAGCGGGGGCCUGGGUUUGUGUGGGGAAUCUCAAAUAUUCUAAUGGCUGUCUGCUUUGUUGCAAUGCUUGUUGUAACCUAUGUGGCAAAUAACAGUGGCUAUUUAGGCAAAGAUCUACCACCAACCAGCAUUGUGAUAGCUUCAUUGAUAAUCUUUACCAUUCUUGGGUUUCCACUGGCAAUCACUUACAGUGUUCCAUAUGCCUUAAUUUCCACACAUAUUCAGUCAUUGGGGCUUGGCCAAGGAUUGUCAAUGGGAGUCCUAAAUCUUGCAGUAGUGAUCCCACAGAUGGUGGUGUCCGUGGGAAGUGGACCAUGGGAUCAGCUAUUUGGUGGAGGAAACUCUCCGGCCUUUGCUGUGGCCGCUGUUGCAGCCAUUGUCAGUGGAUUCAUAGCUGUCUUUGCCAUUCCUCGAUCUGGUGGUCAAAAGCCUAGAAGCCAAGUGUGAAGUAUCAUGUUCUUUCUUCAUUUGACACAGAUUUCUUUUGAAAGAGGGAUAAUGGAAAUGAACAGGUAGCCAAAAUUUGUAAAUACUUAUGCUUUACUUCUGCUUGAUUGUAGUUUUUCUGUUGAGUCUCCCCUCAUCAAUAUAACCCCCACCCGGCCCAAUCUUUUUCCAAUAUUAAUAAUUGAAUACAUGGAUGUGUUUUCAUCUUAUUGGUCAUUAUUUAUAGCCAAUGAGGUAAAUUUUGAGUGCUAUUAUUUUCUGAAGUUUUG